AUGUUGAUAAAGAUAUUUCCAAUCCUUUUGGUUUUCACAAGUGCUUCUAUUCUUCCAUCAACGAUCGACAAUGAUUUGAAUGAAUUGAUAAGAUUACAUAAAGAAUUUCUUGAUCAUUCACCAAUUGGACCAUCUCAUCAAUCUUAUGAACUUCGUUGUCGGGCGAUAAGUGAAUGUUGUCCAAAUGAACAAGAUAAUCUUUAUACAUUAUUAACUGAAAAUCAAUUUAAUGAGAAAUGUUUAAAUAACGGAACAAAACUAACUGAAUCAUCUCUUUCAACGAUUUGUAUAUCAACACUUCGACAAUUGAUUCAGUUGACAAAAGAACCAAUUUAUAAACAAUAUUUUGAUAUUUUAGGAAAUCAAACUAAUCGUUCAAAUCGAAUUAAAAUUUGGAAAAAUCAAAUGAAAAUGGUUUGUUCAAAAGAUGAACUUCAUGCGCAUUAUUGUCAACGAAAUGAUCUCGACAAAUUUAAAUCAUGUCAAAGAAAAGUUU